CUAUGCGGUUUCCGGUUGAACCGUCCGGUCUGGGUUUAAUUAUAUUGAUAAUUUCAAGACAAUAAAACUAAACCAAGUUGGAGUCGCUCUGAACUCCUUUUGCCGGAAACGCAGCGGAGUGUUGGUCGUCCGUCAGAAAGAGUGAAAAAACUCUCCAGGGUUAAGGGAGCAUAGAGAGAUGAUCUACACGGCAAUUGAUACAUUUUACCUCACGGAUGAGCAGCUGACAAAUUCACCUUCCAGAAAAGAUGGCAUAGAUGAAGCUACUGAAACCGCCCUUAGAAUCUAUGGCUGUGAUCUCAUCCAAGAAAGCGGCAUUUUGCUGAGAUUUUAUCCUUUUUCUUAUUAAUAUUAUUAAUAUUUCUAUUUUCAUUUUCGAUGUAAUCCCUGCAUUCGGUUUAGUUUGUUACCUUAACUGUGAGACAGACCACAAGCUGUUAUGGCCACUGGGCAGGUUCUAUUUCAUCGUUUCUAUUGCAAGAAGUCGUUUGCACGGUUUAAUGUCAAGAAAGUUGCUGCAAGCUCUGUGUGGCUGGCUUCAAAACUGGAGGAAAACCCGAGAAAAGCCAGACAAGUGCUUAUUAUUUUUCAUAGGAUGGAAUGCAGGAGGGAGAACUUGCCCAUUGAUCAUUUAGACUUGUAUUCCAAGAAAUAUGUUGAUUUAAAAAUGGAGCUGAGUAGAACUGAGAGACAUAUUUUGAAAGAAAUGGGAUUCAUUUGUCAUGUUGAACAUCCUCACAAGUUUAUUUCAAAUUACCUUGCUACCCUUGAAACACCUCCAGAAUUGAGGCAAGAAGCUUGGAAUCUGGCUAAUGACAGUUUGCGCACUACAUUGUGUGUUAGAUUUAAGAGUGAGGUUGUGGCUUGUGGCGUUGUAUAUGCUGCAGCUCGUAGGUUUCAGGUACCCCUUCCUGAAAAUCCACCUUGGUGGAAGGCAUUUGAUGCAGAAAAGUCUGGGAUUGAUGAAGUCUGCAGGGUUUUGGCUCACCUUUAUAGUCUUCCCAAGGCACAAUAUUUACCAAUUUGCAAGGACUGGGACUCUUUUACAUUCUCCAACAAAUCAUUGGAAUCAAAGUCUCAUUCAACUACAAAGGACGCUCCACAAAGUAGCUCACCAAUUAAUCCUGAGACGUCAGCGUUAAAGGGAGCUCCCGGAGAAGCUAAUAUUGACUUGAGUGGUAGCAAGGGUGCUUUGGUAAAGCAAGCCAGUGAUAAGUUGAACGAUACUAGGAAGUCUGAUGAUGAAUCCAAAGGCAUUGCUGCUGAGAGAGACUUGAAAGAUGAACCCACACUAAGGUCCAGACCAGACCGUAAAAUGGAGGCCAGUGGGGAUUUACACAGGGACAGGGAGAGGGACCGAAUAAAAUCCAGGGAUCGUGAGCGGGGAAGGGAUUCUGAUAGAGAACGGGAACGAGAAGAAUCUGAGAGGGUCAAACUCAAGGAUCAUGGUCAUCGUUCUAGGGAGAGAGCAAAGGAUUCAGGACAUUCAGAGAAGUCAAAGCGCUAUUCGUCACAUGACCGUGACCGUGACUACUACAGCUCGUCAUACUCAUCAAGAGAGAAUCGGCAUAGACAUCAUUAACAUAACAUACUUAGAAGAACCAAGAUGUGCCCACAUCGUUUUCUUGAGCAUGAAUAUAAGUGUUUUUUAUGUAGUUUCUGUUACCCUUUGUAUUAUUAGUUUAUAUUUUUAUUUGUUCCAAAGCAAAACAGUAGCUACAACAAUGUUUAGGCAUAUAGCCAUAUUCUAAGCAUGCAGAAGGUAUUCUGGUGCCUCUCUGCUUUUUCGAAAGAAGAUUAUAGUUGGUUAGCCUUCA